CGGUGAGCUCGACUUUAACGAUGAAAAAAGGCUUCGGAGCCCGUCCGGAUACCAGUGGAUCCUCUGAGGACGCAGUGUGGAGCAGCAGCCAGGAUGAUCCCAGUGGGUGAAUUCAGAAACCUCGGCACAGAGCAGAACUCAAAGUUCCGGGUCCUGAAACCGUGGUGGGACGUUUUCUCAGAGUACCUGUGCAUUGCUAUGCUUAUGAUUGGAGUCUUUGGGUGCACCUUGCAGCUCACCCAAGACAAGAUUGCUUGCCUGCCCAGCCACUUCACCAGCCCGACACCUGAAGCUAUCGACUGCAGCCACAUUCGGUCCUACAGGGAGAAUGAGACAUCGCAGCACACACUGGUCAAACCUGUAAACCCCAUCAUCCUGGAGGUGGUUGGUCGCAAGAACAACCUGGACAUCCACCAGUACGUGUUUGUCAACCACUACUGCUACGAGAGGUUUGUCCACUGGUAUGCAAAGUUCUUCCCAUACCUGGUUGUGAUCCACACUAUGCUAUUCAUGGUAGCAAGCAGCUUCUGGUUCAAGUUCCCUGGGACAUCGUCUAAAAUCGACCUUUUUGUUACCAUCCUCGGGAAGUGCUUUGAUUCACCCUGGACCACGAGGGCCCUGAGUGAGGUUUCUGAGGAGAGAGGAGAGGAGAAACUGGUUAGUUGGAGGAGGAACACCAUGUCAAAAGAUCCCACAGAUCGACGAGCAGAUGACGAGGAGACGACAGGGCUUCUCCGCUCCUCGUCCGUAAAGUCUAAUCCAGAGAAGAAAGGUCUAGAGCCUCAGUCGACCCCCUCCGUAUUGGAUAAGAAGGAAGGAGAGCAGGCCAAAGCUCUGUUCGAAAAGGUGAAGAAGUUCAGAACUCAUGUAGAGGAAGCGGACAUCUUGUAUGUCAUGUAUGUGCUACAAACAUCACUGAAAGUCUUCAAGUUCCUUUUAAUCAUUAUCUACACUGCAGUGCUGGUACCGAACAUUGAGAUAGUAGUGCGCUGUUAUGUUCCUCCUGAGUUGACUGGUUUUGAUAUCUUUUGCUGUAACCACAACAAAGCCCAUCUUUUCUCCAAGCUUGCGUACUGCUAUAUCUGCUUCGUGGGAGUGUACGGAGUUCUGUGCAUCUACACCCUCUACUGGCUGUUUCAUAGACCUCUGAAGGAGUACUCCUUUGAGCAGGUCAGACUGGAGACAGGUAUUAACGACAUACCAGACGUGAAAAAUGACUUUGCGUUCCUCCUGCACCUUGUCGACCAAUAUGAUGCUCUGUACUCUAAAAGAUUUGCUGUCUUUCUCUCUGAGGUCAGCGAGAGCCAUCUUCAUCAGCUCAACCUCAACUAUGAGUGGACCGCCAAAAAGUUGCAUGCCCGUCUCGCCAGGAACACGAGCAACCGGUUGGAGCUCCACCUGUUAAUGUUGCCAGGACUCCCCGACACAGUCUUUGAAAUUCCUGAAUUGGAAUCGCUCAAACUGGAGCAAGUAAAAAAUGUCACCAUUCCAGCUGGUGUGGCAAAGCUAGAAGCCCUUCAGGAGUUAUCGCUGAUCUACUGCCCUACAAAGCUCCAGCUGCCUGCCCUGAACCACCUCAAGGCCAAUUUAAAGGUCCUACGUCUAGCUUUUGAAAGUUUAGAAGAGGUGCCUAUGUGGAUGUACACCCUGCAUGGCCUUGAAGAGUUAUAUCUGAAUGGUCCUUUAACCAAUGAGGUUUCCAGAAGUGCCACUCUGGACUCCUUUCGAGAGCUUAGAGCGCUGAGAGUCCUCACUCUCCGCUCCAACCUUAAUAAGAUCCCACCCAGCAUAGUGGAUGUUGCACUGCAGCUGCAGCGGCUGUGCAUCCAUAACGAGGGUGUCAAGCUCCAAGCUUUUAGCAGCCUGAAGAAGUUAACCAACAUAGUCUCACUGGAGUUAGCGGGCUGCGAGUUAGAGCGCAUCCCAAGUGCUGUCUUCAGCCUGAACAAUCUGCAGGAGUUGGACCUGAAGGAGAACAAACUUACCACUGUGGAGGAGAUUUUGAGCUUACAGCACUGCCGGCGUUUAGUGACACUCCGACUGUGGCACAACAAAAUCACUUACAUCCCUGAUCAUAUCAGUAAGCUGCACUCCCUGGAGACGCUGGACGUUAGCUGGAACAAGCUACGCAAGCUUCCCUCUCGGCUGUUUUAUUGCACCAAACUGAGGCACCUAGAUGUCUCCCACAACCAGCUCACCUCUCUUCCUCCUGAGGUGGGCAUCCUGCAGAGCCUCCAGUUCUUCUCCGCUGCUUUCAACUCUUUAGAGACACUGCCAGAGGAGCUGUUCUCCUGUAAAAGGCUAAAGAUGCUAGCUCUUGGCAACAACUGCCUGCCAUUUCUUAGCUCCAGAGUGGCCAACCUGGCCCAGCUGGUCCGGCUGGAGAUUAAAGGGAACCGUCUGGAGUCUCUCCCUGUGGAGAUAGUGGACUGUCCCCUGCUGUCUAUCAGUGGACUGGUAGUAGAGGACAAUCUGCUGGAUCUGCUGCCAUCAGAUGUACGAAACAGGUUGACUAACGGUUGAGCCUACAGAGAUGAAGACUCUACAGACUCAUCUUUGCUCUGUGUGGCUUGGCGGUCUCACUUGCAUGGAGAAAACAGAGUAUUAACAGAGAGUGAAUCUAUGACACUGGGCGGAAAGACAGGACAAAAAGGGAAAUCCUAACAGACAACAAACGAUAACCAAACAUUGAAAAUCGUAUUUAUAAAAUCUGUGAAAUGUGUUUUUAAAUCUGUGUCAGUGAGUAAAAAAUCAACUUGCACAUGUUUUUGAAAAUGUUUUUUAUGCAUUUUCUUAAAAAUACUUUUAAAUAAAUAUUUUACAAAGUU